GACUUUCUGCGGAAAUCUACUACGUCCGCGAGGGUCAGGUGAACGAGUAUGCACUUCAUUUCACGGUUCCCGUUCCGGCGGACGUCGAGGAGAUCUCAUUCACCUGGCAGAGCCUGGCCAAGAAGCCGCUUCCUUACCGGAUCAACAUCGUUUCGCCGGAUCCUAUCGCUCUGCCGAAGCCCUCGAUGAACAUCUCCCAGCAGGGUGAAAUCCCGGAGCAUAUCGAAACGUUUGCCAUCGGGCUGCGCUGCAGUGGACGAGAAACGGCCGAGGUUGACGUGACCAUAACGGUGGAAGUGACACUCGAUCGACUCACAGGAAACGCAACAGAGUUGGUGUUUCGACGGAAGAAGAUCUGCUUGAUGAGUGAACAUCCAGAUGCAAACCAACCGGAUCCUUACCUACUAGAAAACGCGUCCAACGGUCAGAAUGGACUGAUCACGCUCAUCAUCGGCGGGAUUCUGGCGAUUCUUUUUGUGGCACUCAUCAUCUUGAUUGCUUAUUGCACCCGAGGAUCAUUCCACCGCAAGCCACACAACGCCCAACCGAUCCGUACUUCCAGCUUCCAGCGCCUUCAGACACAUGCUCCAUCGGCCCCCUCGUCGAUCCUAUCACCACCUUCUAUUGCUCCCACGAUAGCAACCCUUUCCCGCACCCGAAUCUACGCGAAUGCCGAACCGGAAGAACUGCAGCGACGCAUUUCCGAGCUGACCGUACAACGCUGCCGGGUGCGCCUCUCCAGCCUACUUCAGGAAGGAACCUUCGGAAGAGUUUACCGGGGCAGCUACAACGACAGCCAGGAAGUGCUGGUGAAAACCGUCGGACCGCACGCGUCCCAAAUCCAGGUCUCGUUGCUCCUACACGAAGGCAUGAGCUUGUACGGUGCACAACAUCCCGGUAUCCUCUCCGUCCUGGGUGUCUCGAUCGAUGACCAUACGGCACCAUUCCUACUCUACCUCGCGCCAGAGAACUCGCGCAACCUGAAGAUCUUCCUCCAGGAACCGGUGGCCCGAACGCUGACCACGAUCCAGAUCGUCAAGAUUCAACUCCAGCUCGCACAAGCCCUAGGGCACCUGCACAGCCAUGGUGUGAUCCACAAGGACAUUGCAGCACGUAACUGUGUAAUUGACGAUCAACUGCGAGUGAAGUUGGCGGAUAACUCCCUUUCCCGCGAUCUCUUUCCCGGCGACUACUACUGCCUCGGGGACAGCGAAAAUCGACCGAUCAAGUGGCUCGCACUAGAGUCAAUACAGUACAAACAGUUCAGCGAAGCUUCCGACACGUGGGCGUUUGGUGUUCUCAUGUGGGAACUGUGUACCCUGGCGCGACAACCGUACGCAGAGAUUGAUCCGUUUGAGAUAGAACACCAUCUGCGUGAUGGCUAUCGGUUAGCGCAGCCAAUCAACUGUCCAGAUGAGCUAUUUGCUAUAAUGGCAUACUGCUGGACGAUGCUACCGAUGGAGCGGCCCUCGUUCGAACAGCUGCAGAUCUGCUUGCAGGAUUUCUACGCACAGCUGACACUCUACGUCUAGGAAUUGGCCAGCUCCGGUCAUCGGUUCUACAUGUUUUCUACACCUUGGGCUCUAUUUUUUUCAAUUUGUUGACUGUAGGAAAAGAUCUUCGUUCUCGGUGUAAUGGCCAGAAUGCCAGCAUCAUGCGCAAGAAGUCGUACUCCCGCUACGUUUCCGUUUUCCUGUAUAGUAUGGUUAAUGUGUGUUAAAAAAAACAAUUUCUAGCAUGAAUGUUUAGUAUGUAAAUAGUCUUACUAAAGCUAUUGAAAAUGCUUAACGAGUGAUGAAAAAACAAGACUGCGAAGGAUAAGUUAUAAAAAUGGUGGAGUACUUAACUAGAUGUUUCAGAGAAGAAUCUUUUCUGGAUCAUCUAUAAACAGUAUUUUCUUGCUCAACGUGCCUUUUAGCAUUAAGGAUGUAUCUCAGAAUGUGAAUAUGAUUUAUAAAUGAGUUGUAUUUUUUGUUUCCGUUAGUUAAAAUCAUGACACCAGAUAGAAAAUUAAGAAUAACUUUUUUUUAUAGUAUAUCGUUACUUUCAUAUAGUCGAUAUGUUCCUAUGUAGCCUAUAAGUUGAAAUAAAAAUAAGG